CGGCAGACAGGUAAGAACAUGUCGUGGAUUUGUCUCCUUCUUCUUCGGGGUAGGUGACCCGACCAGGUGACCAACAUCAACGAGUCGACUGGAAUCUGUCACACUGUUGGGUCAGGCUUGUGAGUUGUGACGUCAUAAAGUACACACGGGCCAACAUUAGUUAUAUUCACCCACAAGAAGAUUACAGAAAUGAAGAAAGCCGAGAAAGACGACAGCGAGACCUCGCGCUUGCUUGAUCAUGCGGCACAAAACGCCUCAAGACAUGUACAGCUCGAGACAGACAGUGUCCCGGAUGUUGUGACGUAUGGCAGUGUGACGGACGAACACACGGAAGAAGUCGCUAAUAACACAGAGACUUCUACAGAGGAGGAGGGCUUCAGUUUAAGGAGAGCAUCAAAAAGACAGAUUUUAUCCUUCAUCAGCAUCGCCUUACUGAACUUUUGUGGAGCCUGUUACUAUUCUGUUAUAGCUCCGUUCUUUCCGAACGAGGCUCUAAAAAGAGGGGUACCGCAGAUUGUGGUGGGACUCAUAUUCGGAUGUUUUGCUGUUGUCAACUUCUUUGGGAAUCUAGUAUUCGGAAAAUACAUCACGUCCAUCGGGUCCAGGUUCCUGCUGACCAGUGGUGUGUUUGUGUCGGGGAGUUGUUCUGUGUUGUUUGGCCUUUUGGAGUACACGGAAGGGACGACAUUUAUGGUGUUUUGCUUCACGAUCCGGUCUAUAGAGGCCCUCGGUGUAGCUGGCUUCCAAACCGCUGGUACGGCCAUUCUCACCCAUGCCUUCCCAAACAAAGUGGGAACAGUCAUGGGAAGCCUCGAGAUUUUCUCAGGCCUUGGACUGAUGACCGGUCCGCCCAUUGGUGGUGUGUUGUACGAUCUUGGGGGCUUCAAGACCCCGUUUAUAACAAUGGGGCUCCUACUGCUGUGUUGCUGUGUGUUUGUAACUGUCCUGAUCCCACCUCAGCCAGAUGAGCAGGAGGGGAAAACCGACGUGCCAUUACUGUUCUUCUUCAAGAUUCCAGCUGUUCUUGUAGCCUGUGGUUUGACCGUUGUGGUAGCCUGUAUGCUGGACUAUAUGGAUCCAGUACUUCAGCCGUACUUGAUCAAAGAGUUCAAAACGUCCCCUGUCCAUAUCGGCCUGAUAUAUCUGCUGUGGGCGGCUGUCUACGCAAUUCUGGCGCCGGGAUGUGGUUGGCUGGCCGACAAAAAGAAAUGUGUCCCCGUUAUGGUAACGUUAGGAAUGGCGGGGACCAUGGUCGGAACUCUCCUGCUUGGACCAUCACCCCUCCUUACAGACUACGCCCACAUUUUACCAAGGAAACUAUGGGUAAACAUUAUUGCCCUGGUAGUUAUCGCGGCAUCGUGUGGAGCGGUCAUGACACCAAUCGUCAACAUGAUGCUUUGGGCGGCCAGUGACGCAGGCAUGGAGAACAACUUUGCCUUAUAUGGCCUGGUAUCGGGCGUGAUGAACGCCUUCUUCGCCAUCGGGAAUCUGCUAGGCCCGUUGGUAGGCAGUGCUUUGACGGAACGGUUCGACUUCCCGUGGACUUCUACAGCAUUUGGAGGCCUGGUCCUGUUCUAUAUAGUUGUCUUACUGGUUUUCUACAUCUAUGAUGGCUGCCUCAGUCCCACGCGUGAUCGCCGUGUGGUAUCAACCGAUGAAGAGAGCCAGACGCUCCCAGCAUGACGUACUGUGUACCUGGGUCUUUGGAAAGCAUGUUUGUGUUAUACAGUUUUCUCACUGGCAGUGGCUAAUGGGCCUAAGGAUUUUGUAAGGUCCCCAGCGUAGCAUAUCUAAAAGACUGUCUGUUUGUGCAAAUCGUGAAUGGGAUCAUUCUUAUUUCAGGAUGUAAAAUAAGAUAUAUAUUGAUGCUACCUGUAUAAAGAAAAUCUCAUGCUAAAGUGAAAGCUUGUCCAGUGUGAUUUGAGAAUGUACCAUAUAUUCAUGAUGUUGAAUUUUAUUAUCAAAGAAUCGAUUGUGUUGCAGAAUACACCUUCUUGUCGGCAUCGAAUCAUGUCAGAUCAUUGCAUAACU